AUGAACUCCAUUGCAUUGGAAAUGACCCACAAAGCUAUCUUCCUGUGUUUGUGGAAGUGCGACUGGUUCAAGAGGUCAAGACUGUGGGAGAAAGAAACCAAAACAAGAAGGCAAGUUGAGGACGUCAACAAAGUUUUCCGUUUGGCUAACGUCAUGGAGGUCGGAUUGUGCUGCUCUUGCGCUCUUCAAUGCCCUAAACGAGAAGGGGGCGUGGUUAGUAGAUACGAGCGGAGCUCUGAGGAAGAUGUUGGAAACGAAGUGAAAGGCGAUAGAAAAUCGAAAAAGGGAGAAGAAGAGAAAAAUGGCAAUAGAGAAGCAAUGACGAAGGAGUUUGAGUCAAGGGAACAACUGGAAGGGAUGAACGCGAGUGCGCAUAGAAUACCGGCUCCCUUCCGCGCCUGGGAAUAACCACCCUCCUGCAGCGCUAUUCCCGCGAUGGGGGAAAGCCCUCUUCCCUCCGGCAUGCAGUUCGCCGGCACAUCUCAUACGAAUACUACCUCUCGCGCACACCUGCGCGAAGUCGGGGGCUCCGCGCGCAGUUCUUCGAACCGAGGACCGCGGCAGGAAUGUCUCCGAGAGGUGCAUCUAUAAAGAGACUUCAUUUACUGUUCUACUUGCAUUGUAACCUGACUCAAGGCUUUCUUUCUUUGAAACGUUUUAAUUAUUUUUUUAAUUGAAUGAAGAAUUUAGAUGUAAAUAGAUUUGAUGAUAUGAUAUUGUUUUAACGAUCAACAAAUCACGGAUACACGUUUUAGUAGAACGUUGAUUUGGAAUUUGGUGUAAUUUACUUACCAUGUUUCUGCAGGCGAUGGCGAUGUCUUCUCAUUGUCAAAAUUACUUGUUUGAACAUUUAAGGAAUACAAAUACUUGUUGUUUUGUGAAUUUGCAACUUUGGUUGCGCUCAUAACAAGCAUAAGAAGUCGAACUGUACUAAAAUUAAAAUGUAUCAAACAGUUUAUUACAUAAA